AGCGUUUCGGCUGACGUGUGUUGCUCAAAACGGAACAUGCUUUCAUACAUUGUUACAGAGGAGCGAGCACAUGAUGAUCUCAACCCAUGAGGGUGCUUUAAAAGUUACCUGCAGGAAAGGAGACGUCCAUUCAGCAGCUUCGUGGAUAUCUGAGCGCGAUCGAAGUUGGUCAGUAAGAAACAAACUUCACCGGACAUAUCUUCACGAUGUCGGAGUUCGGUUACAGAAAAGAACUGUCGAAGUACGAGGACAUAGACGAGGAUGAAAUCCUUGCUUCCCUGACUUCCGAUGAGCUGAAGGAACUGGAGAGAGAGUUGGACAAUAUCGACCCCAAUGAAUUUAUUCCCAUUGGGUUUCGGCAGAAAGACCAGACAGACAAAACACCUCAGGGAACAUUCAGCAGAGAGGCAUUAAUGGCAUACUGGGAACACGAAACUCAGAAACUGCUGGAGAAUGAGCGACUUUGUGCUGAACCAAACCAGACACAAGCCAGUGAAGCCAGCAAAGAAAAUACUGAGAAUGACAAUGAAGUUGAAAGUGAAGAUGAUGAUGUAGACAUAGAAGAGUGUACUUUGGAAACAACAAGUGAAGAGGAGGAAGAAGAGGAGGAGGAAGAAGAGGAGGAGGAAGAAGAGGAGGAGGAGGAGGAGGAGGAAGGGAAUGAGAAUACACAAAAAAUUUUUGACAGAAGAUUGAUUAACAGUAAUGGACAGCUUGGAUCACAAAGAUGUAAUGGGCAUAUUGAUAACCAGUCAACGAUAAACGGCUUCAGCAAAGAAAAAGUCAUAGAAGAUGAUCCAAAUCUCAAAGUGGUUGCCAGCCGAAACACAACUGUUGUUGAAGAUGCUCUUGAAAGUAUCAAAAAUAAUGAUGCUGAGAAAACAGAAAUCAACCUGAAUAAUAUCGAGAACAUAAGCACUGCCACAUUCAAACUCAUUGCAGAAGCACUGAAGCAGAAUACAGUUGUUAAACAUUUGAGCUUGGCAAACACCCAUGCUGAUGACCAAGCAGCAUGUGCAUUAGCUGAUAUGUUGCAGGUUAACAGAACAAUCACUAAUUUAAAUAUUGACUCCAACUAUGUUACAGGCAAAGGGAUCUUAGCCAUCAUACGAGCUAUACAGCACAAUGGAAUAUUAACAGAGCUUAGAUUUCACAAUCAAAGACAUAUAUGUGGAGGACAGGUUGAAAUGGAAAUAGCCAACCUUUUGAAAGAGAACACAACUCUUAUGAAACUGGGCUACCACUUUGAUCUGCCUGGCCCACGUAUGACAAUGACAAGCAUCCUAACCAGGAAUCUGGACAAACAGAGGCAGAAACGCUUCCAAGAGCAGAAGGAGCAACAGGAAAUGGACAGGCUUCUUGGUUUGGAGGGACCAACAAACCCACGAAAAUCGGCUUUACAGAAGGAUUCUCCAAGAUCCUCCCCCCGUCCUUCUCCAAGGAAUUCACCCUGGUCAUCUCCCAAAGUAGUCAAGAAAAUUCAUUGCCAAAAAUCUGCCAUUCCUCCUCCACCACCCCCACCACCUCUCCCAGAGAAGCUUGUACUUCCUAUUCCACCACCACCUCCUCCAUUACCAGUACAGCCCACCCCAAGCAGGAAUAUUGCUGAAGCCAUUAAGCUUCAAGAGUUGAAAUUAAAGAAUAGCUGUCAAAAUGAUAAAGUCAAGAAAAGCAAAAGUAUCAAGAAAAAGCAACACAAAGAAAAUAACAUGUUAAAAGAACUCAAAAAUUCUCUCAAACCAAUUUCAGACCAAAGAUCAGAGGAUGGAUCAAGACCAGCAACUCCUCAUACAACAUUACAUGAUGACCUUAUGUCAGCCAUCCGGUCAAGCAAUAUAAAACAACUAAGACGAGUUGAAGUUCCAGAAUACCUUCGAUGAAUAAACAAGUUGCCUUUUCAGCAAGAGGGAAUGAUGCAAACCUAUUCAAGAACAGCUCCUGAAAAUGUGGGAACACCUGCAGUUAUUGAGCAGGAAUCAGUGGUAAUGUCCUCAGAAGAUCAGUGGAGCAUUGUGUCCACUUUCAGGGUCAGAACCCAACAGUGCUGAAUAUCCUAAUGUGUGAAGUGGCCCUUGAGGCUUUUUUUUUAGCAGUAGUCAAAAGAUGCAAUACCUCUUAAUGAGAAAAUUAAUAUCAGAAAGUAAUUUACAUGUACUGUAAAUAUGUAAACAGAUGGAUUUUCUAUUUAAGUAGAAUAAUUUGCAUAUAUUGUAAUGUGUUGAUUUAAAACAGAUAUUUUUGGAAAUGAUGUAGAGGCAAAUGAUAUGAACUGCAUCAGUGACAUUAAACUAUUAAAAC